AUGAAGUUUAUUUUUGCUUUCCUUUUAUUUGCUACGCUCUCCAUGGUGGUAAAUGCUAUUCCACAUCAACUUCUUAAAAGAGCUUCAACAUUUGUCGAAUGUCCUACUAAACCUGGAGAAGCAACAUCACCUCUACUUACUGUCACACUUUCACCUGAUCCUGUCGUUGCUGGAACAUUUGAUUCUUUUACUAUUUCUGGAGCACUAAGUCGUCCUAUCGGCAAGGGUGACUUUAUCGGUGUUGGUUUUUUUAAUCCUGCAACUAAUGGUUUCAUAGGUGCUACAACUAUGGCGCCAGCCAGCCCUGCAACACCAUUUUCUCAAGUAGUGAGGGUUUAUGUACCAGCAGUAUUACCUGCACAAUACAUGAUUGUAGUUAUAGUUACGAAUCUAAAAACUGGCAUUAUAGGCUGUGCAUCUAGUAUGGCUGGUGGUUCCAUUAAAGUUGCAGAUUUUAGCUAUAAUUCUAUUCUUGCAAAUUAUAUUAUAGAAUAA